AGGUUGAUGCGUUCUUUUCUCUGGCGUGUGUUUUUUAAGAGAACAUUCGUACUAGACGGCGUAGAUAUGAUAGGAAAAGAAAUGUCAUUGGAUUCUCAAGAACGGUGUGAUGUGAUGACCAGCAAGUGAUUCUAUCACGACUAGUAGCCACUAAAAAAACUAAAACCUCGCUUAAUCACCUGUGCUUGUUGUAGGAGCAUUUUCUUCUAGGAAUUGCUUAGCUCUUUUUGCAAGGAGCAAAUGAAAUUUUAGCCGGCUCAUGAUUUGAACAACAACGAAACAACAACAACAACAACAGCUCCUACAAUUGUACUCAUCCACAAGAAUUAGCGCGCAAUAUCACAACAAUGGCCGCAGCUCCUGGAGGCCUCGAGCUGCAUCAGCUCUGGGUGGGUGGUUUGCCUGUCGUCUGCUCCGAGGAUGAAGUCCGCAGUGUGAUGGAUAAAUAUGGACGGAUUUUACAGGUACACAAGAUAAUUAUGGCUAGAACUAGUAGUGGAAGAAGUUGUAGUUGUACUAUGGUAGUUUCUAUUUCUAACAUUAUCUACAACAACUACAUCAACAACAUGUGAGCGUGAAAAUAAACAUCAUUUCUACCACUUCUGCACCAGACUGCAGUAAUUCCUACAUUCUAUAUUCCAGUAGCUAUGCUGAUGCUGUACUUUGCAUUACAUAUUUAUUCUUCACACCAUCUUCACACCCUCCCCCACCCCAUCACGACACAACAGUGCCGUUACAGCAAGGCGAAUUCGUUGCGUCCGUUUGCUUUUGUGAUGUACAAGCAUGCUCACGAAGCGAUUACCGCUUUGAAGGAGCUUCAGGGUUCGACUACGGCUUUUCCUCGCAGUGGAAAACCUCUCCGCGUCGAGUAUCAACGCGUAGCGGCACCGCCAGAUUUGGAAAUCCCCGAAAGUGAAGAAGAACCGGAACAGGAAGAAGCGGCACCAGGUGAGGAGAAGAGAGUUAAGGUUACUUCUAGUGAUCGAUGUUGAGAGUGUGCAGCUUCAAGUUCGAAAGAUAAGGUACUGUCAUGAAACAGAAUAUUCUCAUUCAAAGUGAUACGAUAAAAGUAGUCAUGAAACAGAAUAUUCUCAUUCAAAGUGAUGUGAACAACCUCAACCUCUACUUCGCCAAAAGGAAAACAUGACAGGCCCAUCGUCCUCUCUUUCUUUCAAUAUCUCCACCUCUAACGCUCCCUCUAAGAAAAGUCACGAAGAGAGGACAACCAACGUUGGGUCGCACUCGAAACGCCCUUCGAGGUCUCGCAGUCCCUCUCGCGGACGCAACAAGAAAUCGAGUCGUGAACGUCGUUCACCGGCUCGUCGUUCGCCGGCUCGCCGAGAACGUUCCAACCGUCGCUCUCGUGGCAGGCGAGAACGGAGUCCUUAUGGCUUUGAAUUGUUGUAAACCAUUAAUUUGUUGUUCAUUCCUUCCAUGUCUAACAGCAGUAUAUUCUAUUGAUUUAUUUGAGAAGAUGGGGAAAAAUCUACUCGGACGAGAGAACCUUUCCUAGGAGGAGCCAAGUUUAUCUACAAUUUCUAAUCUCCUGUCCGUCGCGAACGCUCUCCGCAUGGUCGCCGCUCUCCAGCACGUCGUUCGCACGGCCGACGCGACCGGUCUCCACCUCGACGUGAACGCUCUCCACCACGACGUGAACGAUCUCCACCACGACGUGAACGAUCUCCAGCCCGCAGGGCUGCGAAACGCUCCUCCCGUGACCGGGGCUCUCCUCCGCGUGAUCGACGUGAUCGAUCUGCAACUCGUCGUGAGCGUUCUCCCGCGGACAAACGCUCUCCUCCGCGUGAUCGACGUGAUCGAUCCCCAGCCGAACGUCGAUCGGCACGUCGUGAAGAUAGAAAACGUUCGUCCCGAGAACCACAGCGCCGCCAAGAUUAUGACGAGGUGUUCACUAACAAGAUAGCGACAACGUGUCUAGCGUUAUUGAGUACUAGACUCGAGUUAGUUUAUCAGUAAAGCAAGAAAGCGUUGUAGGAAGUAGCGAUGCUCUUUGAUGUUCUCAGUCAAUCAGCACCCUAUCCCUACACGGCUGCUGCGCAUUCAACCAGUUACAGCCAUCUAUGACGCCCUUAAGGCAGUCUGCACUGAACUUUGUGCGAGAUUAAUUGUAUUGUAACAAGAUGAAACUUUUCUAGUUCUACUUCCACCCCUCCCUCUAACAAGAGAAACGUCGUCAAGAGAACUCCCGUGAACGCUCUGAGGAGAAGGAGAGGUCUACAUCCCCACGUCGCAAUACGAGACAAGAAUCUGAGGAGCGGCCACGCCGUCGUGCUCGCCUUGAGCGGGAUAGCCGAAGUCGCAGAUAAGGACUAGUACUAGGGUGUUGUAGAAGUGACGACUGACGUUUUUAGAGUCGUGUCGUGGUGGAACAACAGGUGCUGGAAGUAAGUUGAGGUCGCAAGUAGGAAGGAACAAUAUGAGACGUCUUCAAGUAGGCGGAUGAUGAAAGAAGAUGAGAUGACGAAAGAACAAGAUGAGCUACCUGGUGGAUACGAUCUCAAAUAGAAAUGCUACGACUGAAAUUUUGGGAAGACGCGUUGCAAGAAAUGAUUUGUGUCGAAGAAGUGGUGGAGGACUUCUCUGUAGGGAUUUUGAGAAGUUCACUAAGAGGAUGAAAUUGAAAUAUCAUGAGCAGAUAUAACGAUCUAUUGUUCGAGUAACUAAAGUGUCGUGUUGUUGUUUAAAGAGUCACCCUGAGUGUGAGUUCUAGGUCGCAUCUCCAUAUUUUUAUAGAAAAUUGUCCGAGACAUUAUUGGUGUAAAAAUUUAGGAAAGUAAUCAUGAACAAGGAUCAUCCUACAUAACCUCAAUCUUAAAAAACUGAUCACAUUCAUCAAAUACUCAAUCUCAAAACCCUUUGUUAAUAAAUAUGUGUCACAAGAACAAUCAACUACAAAGACUACGCUUUUAAGAUGACCCCAACCCGAGCCCAACCCUAUCCCUGAAGAACAUGACCGCCCUAAACCCUAAACCCAAACCUAAAAAUUGCAACAUUAUCCAGAUAUCUUCGCAGCCACAUCCAAUUAACUUAAUGGGUAGCGCUAAUCCGGAUACAAGUGAUGUUCUUGAGUACUAGGAGGGAUCCUGUUCAG